CUUCCUGGAGACUGGCUGAAUCCGGAAGUGAUCCCAGAGGAGCGAGUUGCUGUGGCGGACCCCGGCGGCAGGCCCAGGCUCGGGACCAUGAGCUGGAUUCCUUUCAAGAUUGGGCAGCCCAAGAAACAGAUUGUUCCCAAAACAGUGGAGAGAGACUUUGAAAGGGAGUAUGGAAAACUCCAGCAGCUGGAAGAGCAGACACGGAGGCUACAGAAAGACAUGAAGAAGAGCACUGAUGCCGACCUGGCCAUGUCAAAAUCUGCCGUGAAGAUCUCCUUGGACCUACUCUCUAAUCCUCUCUGUGAGCAAGAUCAGGACUUUUUGAACAUGGUAACGGCCCUGGAUACAGCCAUGAAGCGGAUGGAUGCCUUCAACCAGGAAAAGGUGAACCAGAUCCAGAAGACAGUGAUUGAGCCCUUAAAAAAGUUCGGCAGCGUCUUCCCGAGCCUCAACAUGGCAGUGAAGCGGCGGGAGCAGGCCCUGCAGGACUACAGGAGACUGCAGGCCAAGGUGGAGAAGCAUGAGGAGAAGGAGAAGACGGGGCCGGUGCUGGCCAAGCUCCACCAGGCCCGCGAGGAGCUUCGGCCUGUGCGGGAGGACUUCGAAGCCAAGAACAAGCAGCUCCUGGAUGAGAUGCCACGGUUCUACAGCAGCCGGCUCGACUACUUCCAGCCCAGCUUCGAGGCCCUGAUCCGAGCACAGGUGGUGUACUACUCCGAGAUGCACAAGAUCUUCGGGGACCUGACGCAGCAGCUGGAGCAGCCUGGCCGCUCGGAUGAGCAGCGGGAGCAGGAGAACGAGGCCAAGCUGAGCGAGCUCCGAGCCCUCUCCAUUGUGGCCGACGACUGAGUUCCCGUCACUCUGGGAGGACUCCUGGGACUCAGCCAGCCUCUCUGGUCCUGGCCUUCUGCAGGGCUGGGCUUCUGCUCCCCCCGCAGGCUGGGGUGGAGGCGGCCCUGGCCUCCCUUGGUCCUUUGUGAUGGUCUCAUUCCCUUGAGCCCGGGGCCAGGAGCCCACACAGGCUGCUGUCUCCCCACCCACAGCCCCAGAUGCAGGUAAGCAGUGCAGAAAAAUCCUAGGGGCUCUGUCAUUUCCAGAACCGUCCAGAGUACAUGCUGGCCUCAGGCUAAAGCAAGUGUCAGCCCUCCCAAGGGCGUGGGCUUUGUCAGCUCAUCUGUGGGUCUCAGGCCCACUUACAUGGUGGGGACCACAUCUACCUCCAAGACUUUCCUGGGGAGUCUGACAGCCCCCCGUUGCCUUUUCACUUCAAAGACUCUUUUUUCUGGGAGAAGCCCGUGACCCGCCAGGGGGAGAGCUGUGGUCCUCCAGCCCUCACAGGCCCUCAUGCCAUCUUCCUGUCCCGUGCAGGUCAAGUGCAGGGAUAAGCCCCAAGUCACUUGGGUUCCCAAGGUAACUGGGACUCAGUGUCACUAUCCCACCAAACAAAAUGUCACACAUCAAUUCAUAGGUCUCAAAGCAAGAACCAUAGGUUUGUGUCUCACCUGAAUAUCCGGAAUUUUAUUUUUUCAAGUAAAGUUUUCAAUAAAACCACAUAAUAUUGUGCUGUAA